AGUGUAACUUACUGCAGCCAACAAAGAUUCAUUCGGAUUCGAACUCAUCUAAAUCAUCUUGGUUUCGGAAAGGCUAAGGGUAAGAAUCACCUAAGGCACUAAUUUACAAGUAUCUAAUUCUAUUUGAUAGGUUGUUAUGAUAGAAAUAUCAAGCAUGCAUCUCGUGUGAUCGUGAUAACGCAUAACGCUGAGACAACAUCCCUUGUUUCCAUUCAUUAAAUAGAAAGUGAAAAUGCUUUUCGUGGGAUUUUUUUUUUUUUGUAGGGGAAACCCCUUAAUGUCAAGUGAUUUCGAAUGUUGUGAACAUACUAAAAGCUUUUCGUGACAAAAUUUUUUAGCUGGGGUCCACUGCAUUUCUUGUUCAUUAGGAAGAAGGAUUUAUCCCUUCCCCUCCCUAUCAGAGGCUAUCUAACAGACAGAGAAGAGAGCAUCCCCUAUACUGAAGAGACGACCAUUAUCAGUAUUUAUUCGUGAGUUUUUGUACUGGAUUGAAAAGUACAGACGGGGUUUCGUUUCGAAUAUCGGAAUAUAUACAAAGGUAACUACUCUAUUCGUGUAAGGCAAUAUUUACACAUACAAACACAUGUGGCCUCUCCGAAAAUAAAUAUGUAAAUCCUGAUCUAACACACGUUUGAAUCACCACAGAGAAUGUAGUUCCGACUAUCCUAUGUAAUGUUAGUUUUCAUUUUGGAAUUUUAAUUCGUACACAAUACUAUAUGGACGAGAACUGCCAGAUUAAAGCUACACAAUAUUAUUGCUGUUGGACUCUUUCAAAGAGCUCGGUAAUUUUAAGAAUAUUUGUCACAUUACCAGUAAUUUUGACAACAUCGGUGCAACAUGGAAACGCAGACUAAAAAUAUAUACCCUAGUCCUUUUUUCAAAUAUAUUCUUUAACCCUUUUUUGUGUUUAUUCCCACUUUUUUUCUUUUUUUAAGGCUACAGUUUACACUAUAGAAGUAACGUUAAACCGUCGCGCACAGAAUUACGAUGUCUGAUAACGUUCCACUGCGCGACCAAGAGUCUUGCGUCGAUGACGAUUAUUACAUGAUCGAUGUUUUCACUUAUGCACGACCGGCGACAAAUGGCGAGACAAGAUCACUGCACCAACUGGUUAUGUACAUCACCAGGGCCUUGGAGGAUUCUGGCCGCCUUGAUAUUCUACGAGUAAGUGCUGGUACUUUAGCGCAGUCAGCCACUUAGUCGGCCAUUUUGGUAGCUAGCAAGUCUGUAAAUAGGUCAGCAAGUCAGUUAGUCAGUCAAUCAGUCAUUCUAAAAAUUGGUAGGUCAGUCAGUUUUAUAUUGGUCUGAUAAGAUUAAGUACAGCCUGGAACAGACUAACCCAACUAAUUCCCCCUUAAAAUCGUUUUCUUUUCACUCGUUCCAGGCUUACUUCGAUCUUGUCAAUCCAAUAUGGCGGAUCCAUAGUCGUCUAGAAUAUUUGGCAUUUACUCGUUAGAAAAAGGUACCUCCUGUGCUCAGAUUUAUGCUAUAUCACUCGGAAAGUCAACAGGCAGAAUGUCUAUAAAUAAUCAAUCAGCCAGUCAGCUAAACCUGUUAUUACUAUAGUUAGAUAACUCUUUGAUCGAUCAUUUUUAGGAAAUAAAUUAGUCUAAAGCUGCAGUUAAAGCGACCCCUUAGCAAGUGUCCAUGGAUCUAAACUCGUGCCCUGCGACUACAACAUGCAUCAGCAUAUCAACUCUCCAUUUGUUAUGAACUGUUCAUAGGAGAAGCAGCGUGACCAAAACAUGAUGAAGAUAUACUCAAACAGUUUCCGAUGGAAGAAGACCCAAGGGGAAAACAUUAUAGCACAAUUGUUCUUAGGAGGCUUUCAAGCUGACGGAAAUGUAAUGAAUCCCAAUCAUAUAUAUAUAUAUAUUUUUUUUUUUUUGCUUUUUUUGAGGGUUAAUCUAUUUCAUUGCUAAGUUCAGAUCUAGUACCACCGGACAAAUUGGUUGAUGGCCAUAUCUUUAAAUAGAAACCUUAAUGACAAUGCAUCAUCACAAUUUAUCCUUUGCUAUCUCAGUAGCCUUCUUCAAAGUCCUUUCUCUAAGGCUAUGAUCAAAAACUGCUCAUCUAUUGGCUUUGGAGGUAUUUAUGUUGGUUUAAACUUCUUUCAGAAAACGAUCAUUGUUGCGGUUCAAUCUGUAAUAGAUCAACAAAGUGUGUAACUAAUCAUUAAUUAUUUUCCAGAUUGAAAGAAAGAAGGUCGACCAUAUGAAACUGGCAGAGAAUGUCGUCUUCACCUUGCCAGUCAGUGACGCCUCCAAAAUGAAAGUGAAAGGGAACUUAUUGAAUGAAGAUGGAAAGAUGAUCUUGGAGAUAGGGGAUAUGAACGUGAACCUUUUCAAGGUGAGUUACUAAUAUUCAAACCAAUUUUGUAUGAAGCAUUUCUCAAAUGAUAGCCCCUGUGCAUAUCUAACUGCCCAGAAAAUCCAGUGUUGCCCCUCUAGAUCCUUAAUGGUGAAAAUUUAAAGGCCGAGUAUUUCCAGAGAAAUUAAACAAAGAAUAAUCACACGAAGGCAUCAAGAAAGUAGCAGAUGUUCCAGGAAAAUGUUGUGAAAUGUGGCUAAGGGGUUGAGAUUCAACAAGCUACGUAGUCAUGCUUUAUUAAGGAAUGAUUCUAGAUGAUUUUUAUUGCAUUCACUAAAGGUACGAUUGUAUGAUUUAAGACAAGAACCACUUAAAUUUUCCAAGAUGGUUCAAGCUCUCAUUUCAAUUACUUUUAGUAGAGCAGGGAAUUUCACUCUUUCACCAGAUGCUUAGGUUUUGUGGCUGUGUGUAAUUUCUAGCUCUACCAGCAACACAGUGUGCUCAUUAUUUUAACACCAACUUUGUUUCAGUUUCAAGGCGGUGAAACACGAGCUGGGAUAGAGCACGAGCAUAGUGGCAAUGAGACAGUUGAACAAGAUGUAGCCACAUGAUGCCAAGUCUAACUAGUCUAUAGUAAGUUUUUUUUCUUUUGUAGAGUAGAUUUGCAUAAGUAGAGGUUAUCACUUCAUUUUAUAUGAGGGGACUUCCUCUAAUAUAGCGAUCAAAAUCUUUUUCUGUUAUUUUGUCUUACUUUAUAUUCCUUUUUUACAUGCUAGAAACCAUAUUUAGCACUUUUUAAGCCCUAAUUGCUACUUCGAACAGUUUUGCUUGUGCUUUUAGAGGGCGGGACCUGAAACCUACAGAGAUCUAAAUUUACAGGUUUGAGAUGAAAGUGCUGAGUUUGGUUUGUUAAACAUAUAGGAACCUAUAUCAGGAUUAUAUAUAUAUAUGUAAUGAGCUUUGCUUUAGAGAGAGAAUGGCAAAAUCGUUGAGAUUCAGCCCUACCCAUUCUCAGCUAAUAUGGAAAGUUGAAUUCGUACCCGUAAAGGUUUUCUCUUCAAGAAUUUGUCGAGAAGAUAAGUCGGUUUGCUUUUCGUGAUUUUUUUUCUAGCUUUUUGUUAUUCGUAGAGCUAAAAUUGAGCUGUCCUAGGGACGAGAGUAAAAUAGUCGAUAUUGACUAAGCAUAUGGACUGACUAGGUAAGUAAAAACUUUGAGCGACAUAAUUCCCUCUUGCUCGUUACUUCAGUUGAAAUUGAAUAAGGAGGAUAAUCUUCAUGUUAUAAAUUAAAUAUUGCUUUUGAAUGUAAUCAAUCCAGUGUUCCGGGAAAGGAGAACAGUGACCAUGUGGACCUACCUAUGAAACGAUAUAAGAAGACCUUUGCACCUGGAGGGCAGCAAAAAUGAGUUCAGUUGACGAACUGAUCUAUAAUUGGAAGUCGUUGCUGACGCCACUCAGUCAAAUAAUUCAGUCAACAAUCAAUUUAAAUCAGAGAUGAGGUUGUCACGUGGUUGUAUCGUUGAGUAAUUUUCCUUUUUAUGAUAUUUAAUUUUCGAGUUGUAAUAAAAUUUUCCUUUUUUGGAAGGGAAAUGAACAACGGUAGAUGUACAUAGCAAUUUUUGUGUGUAAAUUAGAGGCUUCAAAAAAUUAUGUCACUUGAGUAAAUCAGAAAAAAGCACCAUGUUACAAAUGUGUUUCAAGGAGAAAAUGAUAAUUUGCUUAUAUCAGCUGGGUUGAUAACGUAAAUUGGCCACCGUAAAGAGUUUCUAUAGAUGACGUUUCGAGCGUUAGCCCUUCGUUAGGGCGAAAAACUUUUAUAUGAAUAUCUUCCGUUUGGAUUUGGUUAAUUUGGCUAAGCAGAUGAAAGCUUUUGCAUGCCAUUUCCAAAGGUUCAAAAGUGUACUUUGAGAUGAAUGCUAAACAAAGAAAGUACCUGAACCUUCCAAAAAUUUUUCGCAAAGCAAGAGCAUUAAAAAAAAAAAAAACCUUUAAAAAUUUUGUGCGGGGGAAAUAAACAUGCUACGGCAUGAAUUGGUUAUGUUUCCCCAUGCGAUUGAAAUUGAUCACAAAUGGAUUUGGAAUAUAUUUUAACUAGUGGAUGAUGACACAUUUGCAGUCGCUGGUAAACUGAGUUUGAUACCACGUACGGUAAAGGCACCUGUAAGAAAUUCUUCUUGAGCUGUUCUUGUAGGCUUACAGAUACCGGUUGUGUCCUUCUAACAAAUAAGCAACGAAGCAGCUUGGUAGGAGCAGAAUAAUAAUGCGACAGAAAGAACAAACAAACACAUAGAAAAACGAAAAACAAAAUAAAAACACAAAAACAACAAAAAAACAAAACAAAAAAAAAAAAAACAAAAAAAAAAAAAAAAAAAAAAAAGAAGUAGAACCGAAAUAUAAUACUCGAAUUCCUGAGAGAAAACCACGAUCUACUUUGAAAUAGCUUUGAGACAGAUUUCUGAGUUAUUGAGUGCGAUAGAUCGUUUUGUUGGAAAUGUGAAUCAGUACUAGCAUGAGAAAAUUCCUCAAUGGACCGUGUUAGUUGAGAAUGGGCGCAUCGCAUAGGUUUAGGCUAAAGAGGUUAAAAAUCUGUUCUACAGGUAUUUUCUUUUUAACUUUAAGUUAUCAAUAUUAGUUCAGUAUCCAUACAUAUAUAUAAAAUGCUCUUGAAAUGAAUAUUCAUUUUUUUUAAAUUUAAAACGCUUGAACUUAGCUUCUGAUGGCAGGAUUCCCCUUUUGGGGUUUUUCAUCUAUUAAAAAACCACCGUGCUUAAUUUUAGUAAUUCUCAAAAAGGAGAUAGUAAUUUUCGAUCUUAUGUUCCCUUUAAUCUUUCGCGAUAACUGAUAGUAAAAUGUUUGGCUGCUGUCACGUGCCGUCGACACAAAAUCACACUCCAAAAAUAUUUAAAGGAGAUCACGAUAUCAGAAUGCACGACGAAAAGGGACUUAACUCGCGAGGUGGAAGUUAAAUAAUAAACGCGCAGUUAGAAAUGAGACUAGUUUGGGAAGAAAGUCCUACCUACUAGCUGAACCAUGAGUACGGUGACUUGUUAAAUGUUAUUCAGCAAGUCCUGUUUUGCCAUAUUGAUAAGUAGAUGUAAAGAGCGUAGCAUUCUUAAUAGACAUUAUACCUCUUACGAAUAUAUAGUUUAGUGCAUUCAUCUAUUCAUUUGGGUCUGUAAAACAAACUGCUAAAGGAAGAAGAAAAGAGGUAAUAGAGAAGGAAACUAGUAUCUUAUAAAACAUUAUGAGUAGUACUUACUGAAAACAAGUCCCCGGCCUUUUUUUCCCCUUUUAACCAUUGGCUUUUUUCGUUGGCUAGGUAUUCAUUUAUCUCCCUGCUCUUGGUUAUAUGGUAUUAAUUAGUGUCUCUUCUAAACGCUUGAUUCAAUCUCCCUUAUUGGUUCUCGCUGUGUUAUAAUGUCCCACCUGAAUCCAAUUAGCGUUUUCAUGUUGAAAUGGAGUUGUUUUUUAUCUAUUCUUAUAUUAAGCAAUACUUUUGAAAUACCUUAAACAGUUUCUGUACUUGCUAGAAUUUUUAUGCUUGAUGUAGAAUCUGCUUAAUAACUUUGUCUUUA